AUGUAUCCACGCACAUAUGGCUAUGGCCAAGUACGGCCGGAGGGUUACGGGUACGCUGGUGCGUUUGGACCGUACAGCUAUGGGGCAUACCCGCAAGCACCUGCCAUGCCUCAGCCUAAUGGUGUGAGCGCCUAUGGUAUGCCAGUUCUGCCACCGGAUCUCUCGAACCCUGCCGUAUUCGAGUCCAUGUACAAAAGUCACCUUGCUCAGCUCACCUUCAACUCGAAGCCCAUCAUCACAAAUCUUACUCUUAUCGCGCAGGAACAUGUGCACCGCAUGUCCACAGUCGUGGCGAAGCUUGUGGAUGCUCAUAUUAUGAUGGCGCCACCGCCACUUCGGCUACCUGCGCUUUACCUGCUUGACUCGAUUUGCAAGAACAUCGGGUCGCCCUACACAGAGCUGUGGGCGCCGCGAGCGUCCACUCUUUUCAUGGAGUCUUAUCGCGUCGUUGAUCAACCCACUCGCCGGCGCAUGGAGGAGCUACUAGCCACCUGGCGCGAAGCAGGACCUGGAGGCCGACCUAUGCUGGGUGACGCAUCUCAACAGGCCAUCGAGCGUUCCCUGUAUGGCAGUCAAGGUGCCCCUGUCAAGGCAGCCAAUGCACCUAAUAAAUCUCAGGUGAUUGCUGACAUUGAAAGGCGCAUGGCACUGUGCACAAAAGACUUGGCGAAUGAACCGCACAAUACCCGCGCACGAGAACAAAAUGAUGUAUUGCGUCAGCUCAAAGAGCAAGUUAAUGGCUCUGAUGUGUCCGCUGAAUUGCUUGGCCACAUACAGAAGCAACUGGAUGAAAUGUCGAGUGCUUCGGUGCCAACGGUGCCAGCGCCGGCCCCCACAUCAGCGCCAGCCGCUCCAUCGGCCUCUGAGCUCAUCGCGAACCUUAUGAAGGCAGGAUUGCUGCCUUCUUCGGCUACUACCACUGCGGCCCCGACAUCUGUGCCAUCCACUCAGAGCCAAGACAAGGCCUAUACCGAUUACAUCAUGUCACUGGAUUUGCGCAUGGUUACCGUCAACCUAUCUCGGCCCGCACCUGAACUUGAAAUUCUCAUGCAGGAGCACUUGCCACACCCAUGUCGGCAAUGUGCCAAUAGAUACCCUGAGGGUGAGGCUGGACAACACAGUCUCGAUGAUCAUUUGGACUGGCAUUUCACGCAAAACCGUCGUGCGCGUGCAAGUAUAGUCCGUGGUCAAAGUCGUGCAUGGUUCGAUCCAGCAUCGCGUUGGAUUCGGAGUGGCAUUGAUGAUGUAAUGCCUGGGGCGAGUGGUGCACCUGGAUGGGAAGGUGAGGACGCCGAAUUCGAGCAAGCACUGCGCGACAAGAUUGCUAAUGCGUAUGUGCCCGUGCCUGAUGGCUCUGAACUUGCAUCACAUACUUGCCGUAUCUGCAAAGAGCCGUUCCAAAGUGAGUGGAGCGAAGAUUUGGAGGAAUGGAUAUGGCGAAACGCUGUCCUCAUCGAAGGCAAUCAUUACCAUGCUAGUUGCUUCUAUUCAGCCAAAAGUAUGUCAGAAGUCGUCCAUGCUGCUCGCUCCACGACGAAUGUCAAACAAGGAGAAGAAGACGAUGAAGAUGUGCAGCGAAAACGUAAAGCCUCGUCCUCUCCCCCCCUGCCUCCGCACAAGAAACCUUUGGCUAUGCUCAAGGAAGAACCGCCCCCCUAA